CUCUCUCAAUUUAAAAGGAAAAAAAUCAUUUCUUUUUCGCGUGUGUAUUGAGAAAUCAAACAUUUGAACGCUGUCUAAUAUUUGCCCUAUGUUUGUCAUGUGGGCUUUUUACUCUCACAGAAGAAUUGUGGCCUGCAAAACUGAUAGCUGAGAAAGCAUCAUGGCACCAAACCCCAGAGUUGUGCAGGCCUUCCGCUCGAUGAAGGAAAUAGGAAUUACUGAAGAAAAAGUGAAACCAGUGUUAAAGAAACUUCUAAAGGUGUAUGAUAAAAAUUGGGAGCUAAUUGCAGCAGAAAAUUACAGAGUUCUUGCUGAUGCUAUCUUUGAAGAGGAGGACAAUAAGGUGUCAGAACCUAAAAAAGGCCAGAAAUGCGACGAGGAGGAAGAUACUAUGGAAGAAGGUGCAGUGCCUGAUGAGCUUGUACGCCCUCUGAAAAGAAUACGUUUGAAAAACCAAGAAGGUCUGGCAUCAUCUUCUCAUAACAAUGGCAGCACUGAUGUGGCUGGGCCCUUUUUAAAAAAGCCUAAAGUUGAGGAGGAUGAACUACCUCCUGCUUCUUUGCGGCAGCAGUCACUUCAGUGCAAUGUUGGAAAUAUGACAGAAUGCCUGCCUGCUUCACCUGGUUGUGUUUCACUGCAGCCUACUGCUCCUGGUCCUGUUUCACCCCAUCAGGGUGGUAGGAAUAAAGGCAAGCAACCUGUAGCUCCUAUGCCUUUGGCAGUACUGGAAGGAUAUGAUCAAAAUUUGCAUUCAACUCAAAUGCAUGUUAGCUACAAAGGAAAGGAACCUAUGUCACCUCAUGUCACUUCCAAUGAGAAAGGCCCUGAGAGAGUAUCUCUUGCCUUGUGCAUUAAAGAUCCAGCACCUUGUCCUGGUAUUAUUACUAAGAAAAGGGUGCCUGAUACUCAUGCACUGAUCAUACCCAAGGAAGAGCCAUUUACUGAUGACAUGCCACAGGACGAGGUUCCUAUUGCAAUUAUACAUCCAGAUUCAUUAAGCAGAAAAGAUUCGCCAAUUGGGCAUGUUUCAACUGGAAAAUCAAAUUGGCAGGAACAUCCAGAAUCUCUGUUUGCAGAUGAAAAUGUAGGUGCGGGUGCUUCAGCUUCAAUGAGUGAGAGGCACAUCAGCUGCGAGCUUGCUACUGUUCCUGAUGAAAUUCCUUCUAGCCUGGAAAUUGCCUCAUCACCGUUGGGAGAGGUGAAGAUUUCUCUAAGCUACAAUUCUGCUCUUGGAAGAUCGAAUUUCCAAUUGCCUAGUAUAGAUGAACUAAGAGAACUGAUGGAGCAGAGAUGUCUCCGAUCAUAUAAACUCAUUGACCCAACUUUUGAUGUCAUCAAAAUUCUGAAUGAUAUGUGUGAGUGCAUCUCGGAAUUGGCAACUAAUUCCUCUAAUCAAUCGCAGGAAGGUAAUGUGAUGCCAGCUCUUGAUCUUUUGAAGAAAUCUCCUGCAAGGGAUGCUCUUGAUGCUGAGAGCAAUAAGGAAAAUGGUUGCUUACCAGCCAAGAUGUUAAAUGGAGCACUCGAUGUUCAGUGCUCUUCAAAUGGAUGUGUUGACAAUGUGGAGGGAAAGGAAUUGGUGGUUGUUCAGCAGCAUCAACUUACAUCUAAUGAAUUAAGGUGGCUUCAUGAUGCAAGUGACAUAACCAAGGGAGAAGAAAAAGUUGAAAUUUCAUGGGUAAAUGAAAUUAAUAAAGAUUUUCCACCACCGUUUCACUAUAUAUCAGAGAAUCUGGUGUUUCAAAAUGCCUAUGUUAAAUUCUCUCUUUCUCGGAUUGGAGAUGAAAGUUGUUGUCCAACAUGUUUUGGGGAUUGUCUCUUGUCCGAGCAGCCUUGUGCAUGUGCUUGUCAAGCUGGGGGAAAAUUUGUGUAUACUUCGGCAGGUGUUGUCAGGGAGGACUUCUUAGAAGAGUGUAUCUCUGUGACUCGUGAUCCUCAACGACAAUGUUUCCUUAAUUGUACAGAGUGCCCCCUUGAGAGAUCAAAGAAAGAUGACUUUCCAGAACCUUGUAAGGGUCACUUAAAGAGAAAAGUUAUCAAAGAAUGUUGGAGCAAAUGUGGCUGCAAUAAGCAGUGUGGCAAUCGGGUGGUGCAGAGAGGUGUAAAUUACAAAUUGCAGGUGUUCUUGACACCUGAUGGAAAAGGUUGGGGCCUCAGAACUCUAGAGAAGCUUCCCAAAGGAGCUUUCAUUUGUGAGUUUGUUGGCGAAAUACUCACCAUCUCUGAGUUGUAUGCAAGGAACACAGAGAAACAUACAUGUCCAAUCCUGCUGGAUGCUUAUUGGGGGUUGAAGGGAGUUUCCAAGGAUGAAGAAGCCCUCUGUUUGGAUGCCACAGGUUAUGGAAAUGUUGCUAGGUUCAUCAAUCAUAGAUGCUUAGAUGCGAACUUAAUUGAAAUUCCUGUUGAAGUGGAGACUCCAGAUCUUCAUUACUAUCAUCUAGCCUUCUUCACAACAAGAGAAAUUGAUGCACUUGAAGAGCUGACUUGGGAUUAUGGUAUUGACUUUGAUGACCUUGAUCAUCCUGUUAAGGCAUUCCGGUGCAGAUGUGGCAGUAAGUUUUGCAGGAACAUGAAACGUUCAACUAGGUAUAAAUCUGCAAUAAUCACCAGAUGAAGUGAUUCUUGGUCAUGGAAAUAUUUUUGCUAUUUUUAAUUUACUUGGCCAAACAUAGGUUUUAUGGGUAGUUCAAGGCAGUAUUUUGGGAUGCUUUUGCAUGGUUUAGAUUGACUGAGGUCUGUGGGCACUUUGGCAGUUGCACUUGCUGCAAAAAUGAAAGCUAGUUGCCUUUGAUUAAAUCUCUCGGUCAACCCUUCAGCAUGUUCACUAACAAGCUCAUGGGCUUACCUGGGUUUCUCCGCUGUUUGCGAAUGUGAAUUGUGAACAUAGCUUCUUAGCUUCUGUUGUCUGAUGAUACUUGGCAUAGUUAGGGCUGUCCAACAACAGCAGGGGUUGAAUACCGGGACCAAAAUGUCUGAACAAUGAAAUCUAGUGGCAAUACAUACAUUGCUCUUUUGGUAUCACCUUCUUUUGAAUUGCCUUCGGCGACUAAUUCUGUCUAUAUGUUUAAAUUGACUUCCCUUCUGCCUAAA